CGGGCGCUGCGGUGCCCACGGCGGGGCCGGGCGCGGCUCCCAUGCGGCACAGGUGCGGCGGCGGCGCGGUCGGCGAGCCAGGUGAGCGGGUGCCAUGGGGCAGGCGGGCUGCAAGGGGCUCUACCAGUCGCUCUUGGACUACAAGACCGAGAAGUACGUCAUCGCCAAGAACAAGAAGGUGGGCCUGCUCUACCGGCUGCUGCAGGUCUCCAUCCUGACCUACCUGGUGGUCUGGGUGUUCCUGGUGAAGAAGUGCUACCAAGAUACCGACACAUCCCUGCAGAGCAGCAUCAUCACCAAAGUCAAGGGCGUGACCUUCACCAACACCUCGGAGCUUGGGGAGCGGCUGUGGGAUGUUGUGGACUAUGUCGUCCCACCCCAGGGAGAGAACGUCUUCUUUGUAGUCACCAACCUGGUCGUGACCCCCAACCAGCGGCAGGACACCUGUGCUGAGAGCGAGCGCAUUCCCGAUGCCCUGUGCCAUGAGGACAGCGACUGCCCCCCUGGGAAGCCUGUUGUGGCUGGAAAUGGAGUGAGAACUGGCCGCUGCCUGCGGGCGGGGAGCGCGCAGAAGGGCACCUGUGAGAUCUUUGCCUGGUGUCCAGUGGAGACAAAGUCCAGGCCAGUGAAGCCACUCCUGGGCGAGGCUGAAGACUUCACUGUUUACAUAAAGAACUUCAUUCGUUUCCCCAAAUUCAACUUCUCCAAGACCAAUGUGCUGGACACCAGAGACAGAACUUUCCUCAAAUCUUGUAAAUUUGGCCCCAAGAACCCCUACUGCCCCAUCUUCCGACUGGGGUCCGUGGUCAGCUGGACAGGGAGCAACUUCCGGGAGAUGGCCGUGCAGGGCGGUGUGAUAGGAAUCCAGAUUGAGUGGGACUGUGAUCUUGAUAGACCUCCCUCUGAAUGCAACCCUCGCUAUUAUUUUAACCGUCUGGACAACAGAUUUUCAGAAAACUCCCUCUCCUCUGGGUACAACUUCAGGUUUGCCAAGUAUUACCGAGACGCGGCUGGGGUGGAGUUCCGAACGCUGUUUAAAGCCUACGGCAUCCGCUUUGAUGUGAUGGUGAACGGCAAGGCGGGGAAGUUCAGCAUCAUCCCCACCAUCAUCAACGUGGGCUCCGGAGUGGCACUCAUGGGCGUGGGGUCUUUCUUCUGUGACCUGGUGCUCAUCUACUUCAUCAAAAAGAGCAACUUUUACCGAGACAAGAAAUACGAGGAAGUGAGGGACCUCGAGGGCCUCGCCCAGAUGGCGGAGUCCUCGCGGCAGAGGGUGGCCCCGGACACAGCAGGGCUGGCAGAGCAACCCGAGGUGCAGGAUGGAGGCAGCGGCCAGAAGGAGAAUGGCUGUGUGUGCAGGCAGCUCCUCCAGCCCGCCAGGUCUGGCCACCAGGAGAAUGGAAAGGUCACUGUGGAGCCGCUGCAGAACCUGCAGGCCGUGGAGGCGUAGCCAGAGGUGUUGCUGAGCAGAUGUGAUGAAGAUACACAACGGCCUGCAGCUCUGACUCGGAAAGGGUCGUCGUCUGCAAGGGACCGGGCUUCCAGGCACAGCCAUCUCUCUGGCACUUUGGGAUCUUGCCACAAGUUUUUUGUUGUGUGUGGAGGAAAAGGGAGCCUCCCGGUGGCCAGGGUCGGGGGCAGGCCAGGGGCCAAGAGUGUUUCAUUUUUUCUAAGGACCUAGGAGGGCAGUUAUUCACUCAUUCAUGCAGUAAACACUUUGAUGCCUGCAGUGGGGUGGGCUCUGUCCAAGAGAUGCUUGAAUGAGACACACUGAAUUGGCCCCAGGGAGGGGAGCACACGUGUCCUUUCCUCCAGAGCUGACAGCCGUGAGAGCUGGGCCCCGCUCUCUGCCCUUCCUCCAGCCUCUAGCUCAGACUCCCACGUCCCUGGAGCAAAUGAUGGCUCCUCAGUGAAAGACCUCAGCCAACAUCCAAGGGACAUGUGGCCUUGCCCCCAGGAAAGGACUGGACCUGUGAUGAAGUGGCUGGCACGAAGGGGAGAGGAAGGAGAGCCUCAGGCACUCGGGGAGCGCGUCUCCCCAACAUCGGAGAUGCAUCUGUCUGUGUGGUCUGACUCUUGCUCUCCUGCGGGCUGCGCAUGUCCUGUCCGGCUUCCUCCCUCACUGAAGGGCUAAUGAGACGACAGGAGGCACUCACCUGGCAGGUGGAAACAGCUGUCAGACAGCCCUCAGCCUCCUCCCUCAGUGGCUACUCAAAGUGUGGUUCGUGAACCAGCAGCAACAGCAUCAUCUGGAAGCUUGUUAGAAAUGCAGCCUCAGGCCCUUUUCUCCUCCCCCUAAAUCAGAACCUGCAAAUCAACAAGAUUUCCAGAAGGUUCAGGUGCACGGGCAAGUUUGAGAAGCAGGGCUUGAGGAGAUAUCCCAGGCCCAGUGGUGAGGGAGGGAAAAACCGGCUUUGGUGGGGUGGCACCAAUUUCUAGAUCAGACUUAACAGCCGAGCUGCCUUAAGGGCAGGAUCCCCCUUUCCCUGCCCUGGAAAAGCAGCAUUAUACUCAAUUCGUUCAAAUUAAAAUAUUCUGACUAGGUCCUACAAUGACUCAAAAUUUAAAAGGCACAAAAGAAUAGUGAAGAGCUUCCCUCCCACCUGUCCCCUGAGGCAACCCGUGUUAGCAGUUCGAGAAGCUCACCUGUCCCACUGAGAAUCCUCUUGGUUAUUCAAUCACUGCCUUCUCUCAGGAAAUGAGCUUCCUCGGUCAGAAACGGAUGCUGGAGAUGGAGACCCCAUCCUGGCUCAGCGGAAACGAAUCUGACUAGUAUCCAUGAGGACACAGGUUCGAUCCCUGGCCUCACUUAGUGGGUGAAGGAUCUGAUGUGGCUGUGGCUGUGGUGCAGGCCAGCAGGUGCAGCCCCGAUUAGACCCUGGGAACGUCCAUAUGCUGCGGGUGUGGCCCUAAAAAGACAAAAGAAAAACUGAUGCAAAGCCAGCUUGCUCGCUUCUCCCUCGGAACUAGCUAAGGAUCCCCUGCAUAGAUGCAAGGGCAGGAGCCUAGAACUCAAUCACUGUUGUGAAAACUAUCAGGCAGCCAAAGCCUGCAGUGCUGCCCCUCACCCAGCAAGCCUGGGUGCUGUCUGAGCCCCGGCCCCGACUGAGAGAGCAUCCCCUCUGGGAGGACUCUGGUUCUCCACACAGAGGGGACAGUAAGCAUCCUUCCACCGGGGCCUCCGGAGGAGAGGGUCCCAGGGGCCUGAACAGUCUCUGGCGAGGCCCCACCUCUGGGGCAGAGGUGUGUGGUCCCCAGAACAGGACCCCUUCUAGAGCAAGCAGCUCCUUCCCUCAACAGCCAGGUGACCUGUCAGCAGGCUCCACCUGCUCUCUGAGAGAAAUUAAAAAUCUGGUUGAUUUACUAUGGUGUUUCAUUCCUCUAAGGCAAACACCUGGAUUUGAUAACAGUGUGUUAUGUGUAUGUUUGGGAGGAAUAAAAAGGGCAGGGGUCACAGCCACUUAGGAGUGGGUUUGGUUUCUUUUAACCUGAUUUUGGAAUCGCUUGGUAGCAGCCAUGUGCAUCGCGCUGUUGGAUACUGGCAGGGAACUGUCUCCCUACCGUUACACGUCCAGUCAGUAAAUAUCUACUGGCUGCCCACCGUGUCACGCAUUGGACUACAUGCUGGUGACGCAGAGGCGAGCAGCAGAGAAACGGUCCCGGCCUGAGUCGAGGGGUGACACAGGGAUCACACAUGGGAUGGGCUGCUCUGAGAGUCCUCAGAGAGGAGCAGCCAGGGGUUGCCACAGGCGACACACAAGUUGAAAUCGGAAGGGUUAGUAGCAGUCUAAUUAGGUGACAGGGGAAGCAUCCAGGUCAGGGAACCUGAUGCGAGAAGGAGCAACUGAGGAACGGGAGGAAGACAGUGACUGGCGCAGCUUUUGUGAGGCUUUCUUUUCAUCAAGUUGGCCAUCAAUUUUAAGGGUCGCCCCAUUAAACACUGCCACCGCGGACUUAGCUAGUUGUUCCUCCAAGUCCAGAAAAGCUUUCCAGGCGGCCUCCCCUCUACCAGAAAGGCCCGUGACCCCCAUCACCGCUUCUGGAUGGUGGCGCACACGGCUGGUUCCCUUGCUUUUGCACCGUGCCUUCCCCCCUCUUUGGCAUCAUCUUGCUGAGUGAGCGGAGGUUCAUUCAUCUUACAGAAACUGGCUUUGACAUGGGAAGAAGUGAAGCAGGAAUCUGAGGGGGGUCCAAACUUGGGAAAGCCACUUUCCCUCGGGGCGCUGGCUGCUCCCUGGGAAGAGGAUGGGCCAGCCUCUCAAGAGCUCCUUUCCUCGCUGACAUUUCGGAAUCACAAGAACUGUCUACGUUUAGGUUCAGGCUCUGGCCUGAGGCCAUCUACCUAGUAUUUUCCUAAGGACCCAUUUACUCCAUGUCUUGCGAAUACCACCAUGCUGGUCAACAGGGCAGUUUUAAACUGGGUGCCAUUACUGUGACAUCAUGGGGACCAACCGUGAAAGAGCAAAAUGCCCUCUAGUCCUGAUGCAGGGGUCACCAGGACUAAUCAGUCAUGAUGGCUUUUUGCCACCCCCCCUCCUCCCCGCAACCCCAUCAGGUUCCUUUCUCAGUGGCUAGCUGUCCCCUGGGGACCAGUCAUAAAGGGGGACUGUGACUUCCUCCAGGUGUCUCUAAGUAUCCUGGGGAAGUCCUUAAACCGCUCCACUUGGGAUGGCAUCUUGCAUGUCUGGAAAAAGGGCUCCACUUGGUUCCAGCCCUCUGGCCCCCACCCCCCCCCCAAGUGACACACAGCAAAUUCUCCAGUGGACCCAAGAACUUUCUACAGGACACAUUGCUUCCAGCUGUUUCCCCUGAGGCCAGUAUACAGAAUUCAAGGGGUAUGGCAAGCAUUUGCUGGGUCCUGCCCAAUAUAUGUAUUUGCUGACAUUUUUAUUUGGUUAUAAAACAAUAAAGGUGCUAAUUUAAAACA